AUGAACCCAACCGCAGCAGCGGCAGCAGCAACAGCAGCAGCAACAGCAGCAGCAGAAGCAGCAACAACGAGAGGGGGGGAGUCAUCGUCGGGCAGCUGGAACAGGAAACGAGGGGACACGGUGACCACGACGGACAGCGUCCUGGCGUGGGCUCUCAGGAGCAUCGGGGGGAACGGGGACGAAGGCACGAAGCGUAACCUUGGCGGUGUCGGUGACGCCAAUAGCUGUGGCAGUAGCGGUGCAGGUGGCGGCGGCGGCGGCGGCGGUGACAGCUCUCCUGGCGUGAUCUACGAGGAAGCCAAGGGUGAUGGUGGUGGUCCCAUUUCACGGUUGUUGCCAAGGGAAAGAGAGGGCGUCAACCGGAGCGGCCGCGGAGGCUCGAACGGCGAUAGCGGCGACGUUGCUGGCAGCGGUGACGGUGCCAUCGGUGCUCGAGAUGAUGGUUCGUCUCGAAAGCGGUCGCUGGGAGCGAGAGAAGAUAGAGAGGAGGAGAGCAAGAAGCCCGGGUUUUGGGACAAGGACGAAAAUACACGGUUUCUGCAGCACGGUGGUGCGUGGGCACGGCUCGCACAAAAACACGCUGAGCUCGGGGUGGUAGCCGUGGAAGAAAGCGAAGGUGAAGAUGGUGCUCAUGCCUCUCGUCGCAAUAAGGACGCCAACGCACAUGUCGAUGACGGCCGAGAUAGUGAUGGCGGUGGCGGAGAUAAGCGUCGUACAUCACUAGCAGGGCCGGCCGGUGAAGGCACGAAGCAGCCGGGGAAGAAGGCGCGCAAGGCGGGGCACAAGGGCAGCAAGCAGGGGAAAGAUAAGAAGCAGAAGAGUCGGCGCGGGUCCAAUGAAUGGGACGACGAAGAGCACGAGCGGUUUGUCAAGGGUUUCGAGAGGCACGGCAAGGCGUGGGCGGAAGUGGCGAAAGUGGUGCGGACGCGGGACGAGGGUCAGGUUCAAGCGUACUCUUCCCGUUGGGUUACCCUUGCCGGUGGCCUUCACGAAAGCUUUCGCAAGAUUGGCGAGUGGGAAGACGACGAGCACGACCGGUUUAUGGAGGCAAGAGGGGUCAAGCUGUACGGCCGCUCGUGGGUCGAUGUCGCGAGCGUGGUGCGCACGCGAACGAACCGGCAAGUGAUCAUGCACGCCAUGCACCGCCUGAACGACGACCUGUCCUCCAAGCCCAGCUUACGGGCUUGCACAUCAACAGGUGGGUGGAAGCUGGCGCCUUAG